UCUACAUCGGCAUCUACGGUUACCUGUCAGACCAGACGAGAGCAGCGGCAGUUCAGUCGAGUAGGGAAGAGAAGGCAGUGUGUGGGAGUGGCAGCGAGGGUGUGCAGUUGAUGGCGGUUUAAAUUCGCGGUACGGUUCUAGGAGUCUGUAACAUUUCCUAAGCAUUGGACUAUCCUUUGUUGUCACCCGUGUUGAGGAAAACGCUUAGACACACACCAAUAAUGACUUAGACCUGGUAGCAUGCAAACGUAAUUUUUGAGUAACACCCAAAAUACAGUCCUCAGUACUGUUUGAAGUGUCUGCAAACUUCACUGUGCGUACUUCGUAACCGGUGGUCGAGACACGAGUAUCACCGACCGCAAAUUCUCGAAAGUUCGCAAUGGGUUCCAAGGUUGAGUACGUGGAGUCGUCGCACAUGUAUGCGACCAACUAUGUGCGUAACUCAAAGGCCAUCGGCGUGCUGUGGGGUAUCUUCAGCAUCUGCUACGCGAUUAUCGUGGUGGUGUCGCUGGUGACCCCCGAAUGGGUGGGCGACACGAUGGAGGCAGAGACGACGGGCCGCUUCGGGCUGUUCGCACGCUGCAUGUUCCCUCCCGGGGGCGGGCCGGAGCGGUGCGAGGGUGGCCUCGACGACCUGCGCGCCGCCCCCAGCGGAGCCUUUCGAGCCGCCGCCGUCCUCGUCGCCGCCGCAGCCCUUCUCGCCCUCAUCGCGAUCGCGGCGAUGCUGCUGUUCUUCUUCGUACCCGCCACCACUGUUUUCCACGUCUGCGCUUGGAUACAAGUCCUUUCUGCGGUGAGCCUGGGAGCGGGCGUGGCGGUGUUCCCGGCGGGCUGGGACGCGGCCGAGGUGCGAGCCAUGUGCGGCCCUUCGGCCGGCCUCUACCAGCUGGGCGCAUGCGGCCUGCGCUGGGCCUUCCUGCUCGCGCUCAUCGGCUGCCUCGACGCCGCCAUCCUCGCCGCUCUCGCCUUCAUCCUCGCCACGCGACACGUCCGCCUGCAGCCCGAGCCCGCCUACGCCAACAACGGCUCUCUCUACAAGGGUGAAGUGAAUGGUGGAUUUGUUGGGGAUGCUCAGUCUGUGGCCGGUUCUCGCAAGUCUCUCAAUCUUCAUCCAGUAUUGCUUAUGCCACAGCCACAUGGCCCAGAAGCAGAUCGAUUCUCUGAGUUCUCAAACCGCACUGGUCGUUCAAAGGCAUCCGGCUACCGUCCUGAGUAUGCUUCAAGCAUACAGAACUUCCAGCUUUAAAAUAUUUGCAUAUAAGACAGUGUUGAAUAUUGUACCUACACAUGAGUGAAUAUUAGAUUGAACAACUAUAUUCAUCUAUGUAUCAUGUAAUUGCUGCACACUCAAUAAGAAUGUGACAGGUAUCACUGCAUUAAAAUUCACCUGUUACAUUUCUUCAAUGAUGUGCAAUGAGACAAAAAUGGUUUAUAUUGUUUUAGUAUCUAAUUUGGAUAUUCAUUUUCUCUUCCUGUAUCCUGAAUUUUUUCUUUUAUGUGUUUGCUGUGCAUAGUGUAUUAAAUUGUUUGAGAGCUAAAUUAGAAGAUUAUUUAAAUCAGAAAGGUUAGUUUCAUCCCUGUAAUAGAAAAUUAGCUGUGGAUUAUUAAGACACAAUUUUAAAGUGUGGCUGUUGCUUAAUUUGUUGUUUAUUAGAGUACAGGCAUUUCAAAAUAACCUGUGAAAGUCUUUAGGAUGUUAAUUCAAAAUGCAGAAAAGGGUACAAAAUAUGAUGAUGAUUACAUGGCACAGGUAACCUAGCCGCUUAAAAUGAAUGUUCACACUUUUUGUAUGCCUUGUUAUAUAUGUAUCAAAUAUAUUUUUAACACAUUUUUACUGUGGAAACCACAAUAAAACUACAUUUUUCAUUGA